UCUACCACUACAUUGACACGUGAAACGCGACAAUGGCGACUUGAUAUACUGGCGUGCGUUAUCCCAAUAAAUAAUUUAAAAAUUUGUGAAUUUUACAACAUUAUUUUAAUAAAACAAGUGAAACCAGUGACUUAUUGUGUAUAUGUGAAAUAUGUGAGUUAAUUUAGAAAGUCUGGACCUAAAGGAAGAAGCAUUAUUCUUAUCAAAGGCAUUUGGCUGGUGGACAACAUAAAUUUCAAUGGUAACUGUCUUUGCCGAAAAGAGAAAAGAACAAUGUAUAAGGAAUUAAAUUUUCAUCUAUAAUGUUUGAUAUUCUGAGUAUAUGGAAUCAUCAAAGCCACUGUGCUACUGACAAGGCAUGAUAAAAUAAGGAAGAGAAGAGAAGGAAAUGACCCACAAUAUUGCAGGCAUGCCACCCUUUGCUAGGAUGCCUUUAGGAGGAAUGGGUAUGGGGGUAGGAAUGGGUCCUGGUGGGCCUCAUCCUGAAUCCUCGUCUCACCCUCAUCCUCCUCCACCUCCUCCUGCUGGUGCAAAUCCGAAGAAAAAGCGACGAACCAAUGCAAAUGUUGCUCAACCAACACCUCAACAACCGCCAUCUGUACAGGAUUUAUUACCACCACCGUUGACGGGAUACGGUGAUACAAUAGUGGCGAGUAAUCCAUUUGACGAUACACCCCCGCAAGCGGCACAAAAUCCCAUGAUGCACGGUGGUCCACCUCAUAUGCAUCCACAUCAUCCACAUCACAUGGGUGGACCACCAAUGAGAGGAAUGAGUCCACUUUCAUCAAUUGGCGGAAUGAAUCCAAUGAUGUCGCACAAUAUGGGCAAUAUGAGUCCAAUGGGCUCAUCGCCAAUGGGCAAUCAUAUGAAUCACAUGAGUGGAAUGUCACCAAUGAAUCAUCCACCAAUUGGCGGUAUGAGUCCCAUGAAUAAUAUGGGUCCAAAUAUGCCACAGGGACCAAUGAACAAUCACAUGAAUAUGGGUCAUAUGGGCAAUUCACAAAUGAGCGGCCCACCAAUGGGCAGUCCAAUGAAUAGUAUGAACAAUGGUCCAAUGGGUAGUCCAAUGAACAAUAUUGGACAUAAUUUAGGUAGUCCAAUGGGUGGACCAUUGGGUUCGCCAAUGAACAAUAUGCCAGGAUCAAAUCAUAUGCCAAAUGGACCAAUGAAUAUGAAUAGCAUGAAUAGCCAUAUACCGCCCAAUAGUCCAUUAAAUGGACCGCCAAUGAAUAAUGUUAAUAGUCCAUUGGGUCAUAAUGGAGCGCAAAAUCAUCCUAAUCAUAUGGGUCCAAAUAAUCUUGGCCGACCAAUGAAUGGACCAAUGACAACAAUGAGUUCAAUGGUAUCAACAAAUAUGAAUAUGGGCGGACCUAAUCAAAUUAAUAAUAUGAAUAUGGGCCCAAUGAAUACAAUGUCGAAUAUUAAUCUCAGUCAUCAUAAUCAAAUGGGACAUAUGGGAGGACCUAUGGGCAAUAUGCCAAGUAAUAUGGGCAGUGGACCACCAAUUGGACAUCCAAUGAAUCCAAUGUCGGGAUCGAUGCCGCCACAUGGUUUUCAAGGACCACCGGGCAUGGGACAAAAACCCAUGUCCGUGUCUGCUGGAAAGAUCUAUCCUCCAGAUCAACCAAUGGUAUUUAAUCCUCAAAAUCCGAAUGCUCCUCCAAUUUAUCCAUGCGGUGUUUGCCAUAAAGAAGUUCAUGAUAAUGAUCAAGCCAUUCUCUGUGAAUCUGGUUGUAAUUUUUGGUUUCACAGAGGUUGCACAGGAUUGUCAGAGGCUGCUUAUCAGCUAUUAACGCAAGAAGUUUACGCGGAAUGGGUUUGUGAUAAAUGUUUACAAACGAAAAAUAUACCCUUGGUUAAGUUCAAGCCAUAACACUGUUUCGAUCGUCGUGCUUGCGACGCGUGAGUUACACCUUGUUAGAACAUAAACACAUUUACAAAAACAAAAAAAAAACAAAAAAAAAAGGAAGAA